CAGGGUAGAGCUUAUCCUGACUCUGCUUACAGAAGUUUAAAAUGACAUUAAGCUACAUCAGAAGGUGCUAUAGCUCAUAGAGAGGGGAUGAUCUCUCUAGAGAGUUUGUUAAAUUAGCUUUUCCUCCUGCAUUAUUUCUUGCUACACUCUUUUAUUUAAAAAAAAACAACAACAAAUGAGUAAUGCGAUCUGCCCUGUCCCUUUCUCUUGAGGGCCAGAGCGAGAAGAGCCACAGACAGUUUCCUGCAUGAAAAGAAAAGCCACUAGAUUCCACCCAGUGCAUAGAUGGCUGUAAAAGAGGAAACGGAUUUGCAAAAUUGCAUAAUCUUAAACUUUCGUCAGGGAGGAGGGGCCAAACUGGGAGAGAGACAAGCACAGGGACUUUCUCGAAAGUUUACUAUGAUACUUGGUAGGUCUCUUGGACAAGAGAAGGGCUCAAGGACAGAAAGAGCUUGGCAGGGGAUCAGAUAUGGAGGUAGUGGAGAAGGUCCUGAGUGUGGCUCACAUCAUCUACGCCCAGUGCGAACAAGUGAAGUGCUGUAAGCACCAGUGCCGCCGUCUCGUGUACCGUGUUCACAUCCUGCUGAGGCCUGUGGAGGUCCUCAGGGCACAGCCUCCAAAACAAAUCUCCUCCCAGGUAGAAGAGACGCUGCAGCAGCUGCUGGAGACCUUGGAGAAGGCCCAGGAGCUGGUGAAGAAGUACAGCCAGACGAACUGGCUGCAGAAGUUCCUAAAAGCCGGUGAUGUCGUGGAGGGGUUUGGACGGGUGAACGAGCGCCUUGGGGAUGCUGCUCAAGGGCUCUCGCUCCUGCUGCAGGCUGAGCAUAAACAGUCAUUCCUCGAGACCUUUCAGCGAGACACCUGCAGCAGGGAGGACAGCCAGGACACCAAGGAUGACAAAGCCCUCUGGGAGGAGCUGCUCACAAGAAGUGCGGAGACCAAAGAUGCAGUGGAUAACGUCCAUAAAGACGUCAGACAUGUGGGAACAAAGGUGGAGGAUGUGGGAAGCAGGGUGGAGGAAGUUCGCCAAAUGAUGCAAAAGUUGCAGGAUGCAGUCAUGAAAAAGGACAAUGCUGUUCCAAGAGAGGAAAUCACUGAGAUUAGGAUGGAGGAUCUCACUAAGACCUCAUGGACCUUCCUGAUGGAAUCCAAAAGCCACACGCUCUACAAAGGAGAAUUCUACAAGUACCCUGUUGCCAUCAAAGUCUUCAAAAACCCUGUGAUCACCUCCACCGAGAAAGUGAGGGAGAUUUUCAGGAAGGAGAUUGAAACCAUGAAGAAAUUUGAGUCUCCGAACAUCCUUCGCAUGUAUGGGAUCUGCAUCGACGAGAGAGGUUCCAGCCCUUGUUUCUCCAUUGUCAUGGAGUACUGUGAAAAGGGAACCCUGCGGGAUGUGCUGACAAGGAAACCUCAGCUCCCCUGGGAGACGCGCAUUCGGAUGGCGCUAGAUGCGGCCAGAGGCCUAUACAGGUUGCACCAGACGGGGGAGAAGUCUAAAUUGCAUGGAUGCAUAAAUAGUACCAAGUUCCUGGUUGCCAAAGGUUACUGUGUGAAGCUGUCAGGAUUUGAACUGAGUAAAACUGAAUCAUCCAUUAAGAGGAGCUGCAGGAAGAAAUUGAUGGAUGUCCCUGCUUCGGCUUACAUCUCUCCCCUGGGCCUAGCUUCCCUGAGCCAUAAGUAUGACGUGCCCAGUGAAAUAUACAGCUUCGGGAUCGUCCUGUGGGAGAUUGCGACCAGCAAAAUUCCAUUUGAAGGCUGCAGUUCCCAAGAGAUCUAUCAGAAAGUUUAUGAGCAACGUUACCAGGCUCCUGUUGGGGAAGAUUGCCCCUCCCACCUGCGGGAUGUCAUCAAUCAGUGCCGGGCCUUUGAGCCUUCGCAACGUCCUUCUGCAGAAGAGAUUGUGGACUCACUGAUAGCCAUCUAUGGCAAGAUAAAUACAGCAAGCUAGCUGCAAGACACACACAAGGAGCCCCUUGACGAAAACAGCCAAGUGUGGUUAAGAGUAAAGCAUGCGCUGCUCCGUCCCUGUCUACCACCGCUCUCUAGCAUGAAGUUUGUUACACUUUUCCAGCUCUGUACUCUUUUUUUUUUUUAAACAUCUUGACCUGCCCUCCAACUUCAACGAUGCAACUCUGAGCCUUUAAAGUCGUGCCUGCAAUUUUGCACCUGCAAUUUACUGUGGACAUGGUUUAUAGCACUUAGACAUCUCCCUUCCUGAGCAUGUUGCCAAGAUUAGAAAGCCAUUUCUAUUUCAUGUAGGGGGACCAGCGUAGCAUCCUGAAGGGAAGCUCCCU